AUGACGACUCUCGUGGCCACCCGACAGGCGCUGGAACUCCUGAGCAUGAGCGACCACCAGAAGCGCCGGACGAGCAAGCGGCUUGCGGCUGCGGCCGAGUAUGAGCAGGAUGACGACUUUCAGUUUGUUCGCAAGUCCAAGCGGGCCAAGACGGAUGAGCAGGAACCGGCGAAGAAGCCGGCGCGAGGGCGGCCGCCAGCCAAGGGCAAGGCAGCCAAGGAAUCGAUCACGAGCACGAGCACACCCAGAGCAGCAGCUGCCGCCGCCGCCGCACCCGCGGCAACAACCGCACCUGGCACGAGAAGAUCCUCGCGACGGAAAGCAAGCUUCGACGCGCAGCAAGACGAACUGCAACCGCCGGUACCCAAAAGAGCAACUCGGCAAAGCAAGCGGCUAUCCGGGGACGCCAUAGUGGAGGAAAUCCAACUAAAUGGUGCAACGCGCAAGAGUCGCGGCAGGCCAAAGGCGUCUCGCAUAUCCGAGGAGGCGGUCGAAUCGCCGCAGCAGCAGGCACCCCCCGUCGAAUCCGCCAAGAUUGCGCUUCCCAUGAGCGACACGCCCAUCAUCAAUCGCAACAAGGAGAUGCGCAGAAAAGGAAAUUCAAAUCGGAGGAGUAGCCUGGGAUCGCGCGGUCGCAGGGCGAGCUCCCUGAUUGAAAACGGACAGACUGCGAUUCCACAUCGUGAGGUGGACGCGGCCGAAUUCUACAAGCACAUCGAGGCAGAGGGAUUGCCGGAGCCCAGGCGGAUGAAGCAGCUCUUGAUGUGGUGCGGCGAACGCGCCCUCGCCGCAAAACCUCCACACGGCACGCCCAACUCGAACGCGAUACUUGGAGCUCGCGCGAUACAGGACCAACUACUUAAGGAUUUUGCGUCCCGAUCCGAGUUCUCAGACUGGUUCAGCAGAGACGACACGGUGCCGGAGCCUAGAACCGUCGCCCGGAAACCGAACCCGCGCAACAUUGAGCUGGACGAAAAGGUGGCCUCGCUAGAAGGCAAGAUUCAAAGACUGAAGGAAGAAAAGAAGGCGUGGCUAGCAAUACGGAAACUGCCCCCAGAACAGCCGCCCCUCUUCGCACCAGACGAGACGGACACGAUCACACUACCGGAUUUCGAUCUGCUAGACCCAGACGAGGGCAAGAUCAGAGGGUACUUGGCCGACGAGAGAAAUUCCUUUGCCACGGUACGGUCCGAGACGGAGGGAAGAUUACGGAAGAUACAGUCGUCGCUGGAGUUUGAAGUAGACCAGCUAGCGGAUAACGUGCACAAGCUGGAACAACGCGUCCUGGUAGCCGGCAAGGAGGCCGACCGGCUACUGAAAAUCAGCGCGGUGCGGUUGCGGGAGCGCGAGCAGCGGGAGAGGACGAGCACGGGGACAAGGGACAUGCCCAUCAUGGAGGUGCUCCGCAGCCUGAGCAGCAUCCUACCCGAGGGCAACGGCGGGUGA